GGUCCUAGCGCCAGCCCUUUUCUAGCAGUGUCCCAGGUUCCGUCAGUACGAGGAGCCGCCGCCUACACCACGGAGCCAGGCCAAGUCAGACCAGGUCUGUCUUCCCUGGGUGCUUGGAGACUUUUUCAGGCCAGCCCCACGUCUGGGUACCUUCUGCAUCUGCAGCCUUGCACAGGACCCUUCAUCCUCACACAGUCCUGGAACACUGAGCUGAAGAAGGAAGAUGAGAAGCCCCACCCCCAAAGGCCAUGGAGGUGGAGGCUGUGGAGGCUAUGGAGGCCCGGUCCCCAGCACCCGGCUACAAGCGCUCCGGCCGCCGCUAUAAAUGCCUGUCCUGUACCAAGACAUUUCCAAAUGCGCCCAGGGCAGCACGGCAUGCUGCCACACACGGGCCAGCCGACUGCACAGAGGAUGUGGCUGAGGUGAAGCCAAAGCUGGAGACAGAACCCAAGGCAGAGGAAGCCAGUGGGGACAAAGUGUCAGGUUCAGUGGCUAAGCCACGGCCCUAUGCAUGCCCGCUAUGCCCCAAGGCAUAUAAGACGGCCCCUGAGCUGCGCAGCCAUGGGCGCAGCCACACGGGUGAGAAACCCUUCCCGUGUCCUGAGUGCGGGCGCCGCUUCAUGCAGCCCGUGUGCCUGCGCGUCCACUUGGCCUCGCACGCUGGUGAGCUGCCCUUCCGCUGCUCGCACUGUCCCAAGGCCUAUGGCGCGCUCUCCAAGCUCAAGAUCCACCAACGUGGUCACACAGGCGAGCGGCCCUAUACCUGUGCGGACUGUGGCAAGAGUUUCGCUGACCCCUCGGUGUUCCGCAAGCAUCGGCGCACUCAUGCUGGCCUGCGGCCCUACGGCUGCGAGCGCUGUGGCAAGGCCUACGCUGAACUGAAGGAUCUGCGCAACCACGAGCGGUCACACACCGGUGAGCGGCCCUUUCUCUGCUCCGAGUGUGGGAAGAGCUUCUCCCGCUCAUCCUCACUCACGUGCCACCAGCGUAUCCAUGCGGCACAGAAGCCCUAUCGCUGCCCUGCCUGUGGCAAGGGCUUCACGCAGCUCAGCUCCUACCAGAGCCACGAGCGCACUCACUCUGGUGAGAAACCCUUCCUGUGCCCUCGCUGCGGCCGCAUGUUCUCAGACCCGUCUAGCUUCCGCCGCCACCAGCGCGCACACGAGGGUGUGAAGCCUUACCGCUGUGAGAAGUGCGGCAAGGACUUCCGGCAGCCGGCUGACCUGGCUAUGCACCGGCGGGUGCACACGGGCGACCGGCCAUUCAAGUGCCUGCAGUGCGACAAGACGUUUGUGGCAUCUUGGGACCUCAAGCGGCAUGCCUUGGUGCACUCAGGCCAGCGGCCCUUCCGUUGUGAGGAGUGUGGGCGAGCCUUUGCUGAGCGUGCUAGUCUCACCAAGCACAGCCGUGUACACUCCGGUGAGCGCCCCUUCCACUGUAACGCCUGUGGAAAGUCCUUUGUGGUAUCAUCAAGCCUGAGAAAACAUGAGCGGACACAUCGAAGCAGCGAAGCUGCAGGGGCUCCCCCACAACAGGAGCUGGUAGUGGGGUUGGCACUACCUGUAGGCAUGACAGGAGAGGGCUCAGGCACCCCAGCAACAGGGGCUGGGCUUGGGGAGCCUGCUGCAGGGCUGCUAGGGCUGCCCCCGGAGUCCGGUGGUGUGAUGGCCACACAGUGGCAAGUGGUAGGAAUGACAGUGCAGCAUGUGGAAUGCUCAGAUGCUGGUGUUGGGGUGGCUCCUGGUCCCUUGGGAGGGCCAGGUGGAGGAGGCGAGGAGGUUGAUGAGAAGCCCCCACAGUUUUUGUGCCGCAAGUGCAAGGAGACCUUCUCCACACUGACAUUGCUGCGGCGACAUGAGCGGUCACACCCAGAGCUCCGGCCCUUUCCCUGCACCCAAUGUGGAAAGAGCUUCUCAGACCGGGCUGGGCUGCGCAAACACAGCCGUACACACAGCUCUGUGCGCCCCUACUCCUGCCCCCACUGUCCCAAGGCUUUCUUGAGUGCCAGUGACCUGCGCAAGCAUGAACGCACCCACCCUGUGCCCAUUGGGACCCCCACACCCCUGGAGCCCCUCGUGGCUUUGCUAGGAAUGCCUGAAGAAGGGCCAGCCUGAAGCCCAUGCCCCCAGUUCUCCACACUCCCAAGAGCCCAACCACCACAGGGUUCUUCCUGAGCCUCCUUUUGCCCCAGCUCACUCUUUGAAGAGUCCAGAUCUCUGCCCCUGGUCAACUAACUCACCUGUUGCCCAGCUAAGAGAACUGGGGUGGGUAGUCUGGCAGCAGCUGUGAGAGAUGAUUCUCUCCAAGCAACGCGUAUUAAAGCUUUCACC